AGGAAUUUGGAAUAAAGGAGAAAUGGGUGUCACGGCGGAGGUGGCGGGGAACAUCAUGCAAAUCUGUCAUGCUAUUUGAGUCCCCAUUCUCGUCCGGGUAUUCGGUUCCGCACUGGCCAUUGUGCACACCUCGUCCCGUCUCGUCGUAACCGGAGGAGUUUGCGAAAACCCUCGCGUGGAUUGGAAGGCAACGCCGUAGGUGAGGGCCCAGUGCUGUGGUCGCUGGUGGCGAAGCAAUCAUCGUCGUCUGUCCGGUGCCGUCUCAAGCGGAGCACCUCAUUCACGCAUUUGCUCUUUAAGACUUGCGCAUUGCCGUGUAAUCGAUUCUCGCUGAGGAUUUUCUGCGUAAAGUGGAGGAGUUGGGGUGAGGGGAGAUUGUGAAACUUUUGUGGGUCUGUAGUGAGCCGUGCAAGCCAUGGCUCUUAUGGCGGCUCCGAGGGCUCUUUACGCUCACAAUUCAGUUGCAGAGAGUUCAAAACUAGUGGAGGAUCAGCCAUCGACUUCUAUGCUUCACUACUUCAGCCCCUUCAUGUUGGGUUCCUUCCCUCUGCGUGCGUUGCGACGUCUGGCCAAGGCGUUCCAUUCUCUCACUACCUUGGCGCCGGCUACUUUUCGUUUUAACGCCAGCCGAUUGGAGAAAUUGAGAAAGGACAGCGAGAACGAUUCUCUCAUCGAAGCAUCUCAGCCCAGGUUGCCCCUCAUCUGGUUUCCAAGAUUUGCCCGCAGUGUGAAGGAGAUCAACGAAGUGCAAAAACGUAGAGAAUUGGCAAUCGAGAGAUUUUCCGAUGACGCACAGACCGGGAGAAAGGUUUCGCCCUUUGCCAAUUCUCGUGGCCAAACUCUCUUCACGCAAUCGUGGACUCCUAUCAAUUCUGAAGUUCAAAUGAAAGCACUGGUGAUCCUGUUGCAUGGACUCAACGAACACAGUGGCCGUUACAACGAAUUUGCAAUGUAUCUCAACGCUCAAGGUUACGGAGUAUUUGGGAUGGAUUGGAUCGGGCAUGGAGGAAGUGAUGGGUUGCAUGGAUAUGUGGAAUCACUUGAUCACGUUGUAGCCGAUACUCUAGAAUAUAUUGAACGGGUAAAAGCCGAAUAUCCUGGUCUACCGUGCUUCAUAUAUGGGCAUUCAACGGGUGGUUCAAUUGCUUUAAAGGCUGCAUAUCAACCUGAAGUGGUGCAGUCAGUGGAAGGAGGAAUCAUCUUGACGUCGCCAGCUGUGCGAGUCAAGCCUGCACAUCCAGUAAUUGGGGCAGUUGCCCCACUUUUUUCUGUCCUAUUGCCAAGAUACCAAUUUCAAGGUGUAAAUAAGAAGCUCGCUGUCUGUCGUGACGCAGCAGCCCUUGUUGCGAAAUACACCGACCCAUUGGUUUACACAGGAAAUAUUCGUGUUAGAACAGGUUCUGAAAUUUUGCGCUUGAGCAACUUCUUGCUAAAAAAUUUGAAGAGUAUUACGAUCCCUUUUUUGGUACUUCACGGAUCAGAUGAUCAGGUCACUGAUCCCAAAGGUUCCCAAGAGCUACACAAUCAAGCGUCAUCCCUGUACAAGAGCAUCAAGCUCUACGUCGGUUUGUUGCACGAUAUUUUGUUUGAGCCACAAAGGUUUGAAAUCAUUCAAGAUAUUGUAGAUUGGAUGGAUGGUAGACUAGCACAAAUUCAUCUUGAGAAGGAAUCGACGACACACAAUUAAAUGUGCACCUGGGAAUAGCACAUACUGCAGGCCUGAGAUCUUUCUCGGAAAGGUAUAUACAUAACAUCGUUGGAGCCGUGAUUUGUGGUAUUACGCUGGUCCUGUUUACGACUAUGGAGUUCAACUACACCCAAGGGCUGGCCUAGCAUUGUAAAAAAAUACAUUGGAGGGAUGCUGUCUCGACGUCGCUGAACAGUUGGCUGUUGAAUUCUCUCUGCACAAAGGAGAAAAUAUUGACUCUUAAGUGCAUAUUUAUAGGGAUCCUUAGGUGUCUAGACAAUCUAAGGCACCAAUCUGCAGCCAUUGAAAAUGGAAAUCAAUCGAGGCAGACACAUCCAGAAUGUUGGUUGGAAGGCUUAAUCUGAUUUUGUCCACAACUGUACUGUCAAAAGCUGUUUGACGUCGUCUGAAAAUGUGACUCCUUCGACUACUUGAUGUACGAGAUCGUGAACAAGUGCGCGGAGGCUGGAAAUCUCUUGUCUCAUCUAACAUAUGUGAAAACUAUUGUCGCAUGUGAUAGGAAUGGAAAGGAAGCUGACCUAUUGAAGUCGCAUUCCGUUUAGUACACAACUCUUUACAGUCGAGUUCCAAAACAACACACAGAGUAAUGUUUAUUUCUUUUUAAAAAUCCAGAGUUGUAAAGUCACAUGGUUGAUAAAAUGGCGAAAUGUUAUCAUUGCAGAUGUGCAGAAAUUAUAUACAUAUAUAUGUAUAUAUAUGUAUAAUUAAGAACAGCUAAAAUUCUGUCCUUUUCACUCC